UGCAUUUAUGCAUACCACUCCAUCUUUACUACCAUCUUCUCUCCUCUUCAUAUUGUUCACAAAUAAAUAUCUCUCUAGCUAAGCUAAGCUAAGCUAAGCUAUCUAUCUACCUCUUCUCUCUCUCUCUCUCUCCCUCUCCCUCUCUCUAUAUUUAUACACACACACAUUUCCCCUUAUUAUUACAACCUAUAGGCUACAGCUAAUGCAAGAAGAUAUGAAUCUAUCUAUUAAUGGCCACUCACAGGUCCCUCCAGGCUUUAGAUUUCACCCUACUGAAGAGGAGCUUCUCCACUACUAUCUCAGGAAGAAAGUGGCCUACGAAAAGAUUGACCUUGAUGUUAUUCGCGAGGUUGAUCUUAAUAAGCUAGAGCCUUGGGACAUACAAGAGAAGUGCAAAAUAGGAUCAACACCACAGAACGACUGGUACUUCUUCAGCCACAAGGAUAAGAAGUAUCCAACUGGAACUAGAACAAAUCGUGCAACAGCCGCCGGAUUCUGGAAGGCUACAGGUCGUGAUAAGAUCAUCGAUAGUUGUUUUAGAAGAAUUGGUUUGAGAAAAACUCUGGUUUUUUACCAGGGACGAGCUCCGCACGGACAAAAAUCCGAUUGGAUCAUGCACGAGUAUAGGCUCGAUGAAAGCAACAAUGAUGCCAAUCCUUCCAAUUCAAUGGCGGACUCUUCAUCUGAAGAUGGCUGGGUGGUUUGCCGUGUAUUUAGAAAGAAGAACUAUCAGAAAACGCUAGACAGUCCUAAAGGCUUGUCCAUUUCUUUGGAUUCAAAGUCCCAGAUGCUAAUUUCAGGCAACGAUAUGGUUCUCAAUCAAAUACUUCUGUACAUGGGAGGGAGUUGCAAGAUGGAGAACGAAUCAUCCAACACCUCCAUGGGCAUAUCCAACAACAGUAACAACAAUAUGAGAUUUAUCAAUGGCACUGCGGCAAAUAACACAAGCAUCAGCGAGGUGCUCCACGAAAGAUUCAUGCAUCUCCCAAGACUGGAAAGUCCAACUGUACCUUCUAUUCCCAUCAAUAGUUCACCCUUCGAUCAAGAUCGAAUUUUCAAAACUUGCUUUCAAUCAAUUGAUGAAAUUCUCACAGAAACUGAGCCUUCUUCCUUCGAUGAAGGCAGUGUGAGUUGUGAUAAUAUAUCAACAUCAGUUCAAAACAACAAAACUGGGGUUAGUGACUGGAUUACUCUUGAUAAGCUCGUGGCAUCCCAACUAAAUGGUCAAGUAGAUAGUACAUCAAAGCGAUUAUCCUGUUUUAGUGACCCAAAUACGGUUUUCAAUCUUUGUCCUGGUGAUGAUCAUAUACAAAUACAUUCACAUAGGUCAAAUCAAAGUUCGCAAGUCUACAGCAGCGAAAACGAUCUAUGGAGGUUCACCAAGUUGUCAUCAACAGAUCCAUUAUGCCACCUGUCGGUAUAAUAGAAGCACUAUCCAAGAUAUAGAUGAAAGCUCUCCUCUCCUCUCCUCUCCUCUCUUCAAAUGUAGGUAUAUAUACAAGUGGUAGCUUUAUAAAUAAAUAAAUAAAUGAAUAAAUAUGGGUUGUCAAUAAUAUUAUGCUGAUUUGUCAACCGUUAAUAA